AUGCUCAACAACAGCAAGGAGUGGGAUCACACGGACUUCCAAUUUGACGUCUCCGCCUUCUACGACCGCAUUAUCAACUAUUUCAACAGCGGGAAAGAUGACGACAGUGUAGUCGAACUUCUUGCUUGGUUUCAACGUGAGGUCUUCACUGGCCGUUCACCUGCCACAACCAACGAAGAGGACGUCCCAGAUUCUGAAGACGAGGUGGAGGAUGAGGACGAAGAUGCUCGGAUUAACAAACAAAGGGAGCUUCGUCGCAAUCAGCGAAAUGCGAACAACGGAAACAGUACUUAA